AUGACCGGCACUUUGACCAAACAGUAUCCUUUCCGCCUCAACAAAAUGCUCAUUCUCAACGACUCCUUCUUCAUCCAGACUGUGUGGAACAUCGCGAAGCAGUUUCUUACUGAAGUGCAGCAGCAAAAAAUGCUCUUCCUCAGAUCUGGAUUCGAGGAAGAGCUCCUUAAAGAAUAUACCCCUUGGCAGCUGGAGAAGUGCUACGGCGGCACUCGCCCAGAAACACCUGCGGAGCACCCGUACGAAAAUGCGUUUGUGGCAGCAGAUCGUUUGACAGCUUUUGGAGUUCUUUGGGAGAAGAACAGCAGAAAGCCAAUCCAGUGGACUGCUGCUGCUGCUGCAGUUUUCCGGGACUUGGGGCUGCCGCUGCCGGAGGCGCUGCAGCAGCAGCAGCAGCAGCAGCAGCAGGAGGAGGAGCAGCGGGAGCGGGAGGCGCAGCAGCAGAAGCAGCUGGAGGAGCCUCCUGACGGCGCUGCUGCUGCUGCUGCUGCUGCUGCUGCAGCAGCAGCAGCAGAGGCGGAGGGAGCCGCAGCAGAAGCAGCAGCGCGAGACGCAGAAGCUGCAGCAGCAGAGUCCGCGCGGGAAGCAGCAGCAGCAGUGGAGGUGCAGCAGGAAAUAAAAGAAAAAGAAGAACAAAAAAGUGAAGAAAAAGAAAAAGAAAAAGAGGAAAGAAACAACGGCGAGACAGUCCCAGGUGGAGAUACACCCCAAGCCGCUGCUGCUGCAGACUCUCCCCGGAAAAACUCCCGAGAGGAAAUCCAAAAGAACAAAAGUGCAAAUAAUGAAAAUAAUAAAAAGAAUGAAAAUAAUAAAAAUAAAAAUAAUGAAAACAAUAAAAGUGAGAGCAGCAGCAGCCAGGAGAACACAAGCGCCACCCCUGCGGCAGCAGCGCAAACGGUGAGGGGCCCCUGA